CAGCAGUGUCAGUGCAGCCGCGGCAGCAGAUACGCUGUGUGACUUGUUACGUUGUAUCACAGGGCGCUGCUGGCGGAGGGACACAGGGGGGCUGCGCUCUCACAUCUGGGGGGUGAGGAGAUCUGGAGACUCCCCUCCAGGAGGACAAGGGAGGGGAGAAGAUUAUCCCCACAGCCUGCUGGAAGUGGUCUGGAGAAGGCGCCCCUGAUAUUGCCUGCUGGAGAUUUGUUCCCCUGAAUGAUGAACAAAGGACCCGGGAGGCAGCUCCAGCACUGAAGCCGUCCAAAUCCCUUCUCAACAUCUGGACCCAGCAGGCAAAUAGCAUGAAGUGAGGGGAGAGACCGGGGGUUUGUUUUCAAUUAUUUCAUGAACACAUUGUGACCAGAGGGGGGAUAAAACGGGAACCCAUUCUCCGCAAGGUCUUCGCUGGACGGUGAGGAUUUCCAGGAACCAUGGGCAGGAAAAAGAUUCAGAUCCAGAGGAUCACAGACGAACGGAACAGACAGGUUACGUUCACAAAGCGUAAAUUCGGCCUGAUGAAGAAAGCCUACGAGCUCAGCGUCCUCUGCGACUGCGAGAUCGCCCUCAUCAUCUUCAACCACUCAAACAAACUGUUCCAGUACGCCAGCACCGAUAUGGACAAGGUGCUGCUGAAAUACACCGAGUACAACGAGCCUCACGAGAGCCGGACAAAUGCCGACAUUAUAGAGACGUUAAGAAAGAAAGGUUUUAACGGGUGUGACAGCCCCGAACCAGACGGAGAGGACUCCAUUGACCAGAGCCCUCUCAUGGAAGACAAAUACCGCAAAGCCAGCGAGGACCUGGACAUUCUGUUCAAACGCUACGGCUCUGCAGUUCCAGCACCGAAUUUUGCCAUGCCAGUUACUGUACCUGUGACCAAUCAGAACACACUGCAGUUCAGCAACCCCGGAGGUUCCCUGGUCACACAGUCUCUGAUGACGGCAUCACUCACAGACCCCAGGCUGCUGUCUCCGCAGCCACCUUUACAGAGGAACACAGUGUCUCCAGGGCUACCUCAGCGGCCAGCCAGUGCCGGAGCGAUGCUUGGCGGAGAUCUCAACAACUCUAAUGGAACCUGUCCAAGUCCAGUAGAUUUGCAGAGAGCCUACAUAUUCUCCAGUACUAUACAGAGGAACGGCUACAUAAGUGCAAGAGCCUCCCCAGGCCUAAUACAGGUAUCAAAUGGGAACAGCCUGGGCAAAGUGAUCCAAGCCAAAUCGCCGCCACCUCCUUCCCACGGCAAUCAGCUCGGAGCCAACAGUCGCAAACCAGAUCUGCGCGUCAUCACCUCCCAAGGCAACAAGGGAUUAAUGCAUCAAUUGACGGAGGAACAGUUGGAAAUGAGUGCACAGAGGUUAGUAGGAGUCUCUCAAGCAGCGCACUCCUUAACAACGCCCGUCGUUUCAGUGGCGACUCCCAGUUUACUGUCACAUCAUGGACUACCGUUCUCUGCCAUGUCCACAGCAUACAACACAGAUUACCAGCUGACCAGUGCAGACCUGUCUUCGCUUACCUCGUUCAGCUCCCCAGGAGGUUUGUCACUGGGCAAUGUGUCCGCCUGGCAGCAACAGCAGCAACAACACCAGCAGCAGCACCAACAGCAUCACCAAGCGCAGCAGCUGGUCCCAGUGUCACUAAGUAACCUGGUGUCCAGUGGGCAACUCCCACAUACUGCCACACUGACCGUCAACACCAACCCUAACAUCAACAUCAAGAAGGAACCGCCAUCACCCAACCGUGAACGCAACACAGGCACUCCCUUGUCAUCCUAUAGCCACCAGAGUCGACACGAUGCCACCGGCCGCUCUCCCGUCGACAGCCUCAGCAGCAACGCAAGCUCCUUUGAAGGCAACGAUCGAGAAGACGCAAGGGCCGACUACACGUCGUCACUCGGGCUCCUGAGACCCUCGGGUGAUGCAGAGGGCGACAGCCCAUCUGUAAAACGCAUGCGGCUUGACGCAUGGGUAACAUAACUGCUCCUCCCAUCCCCCCCCACCUCGUUCUUAUGCUUGCAGCACAACGAGGGUGCGAGCCGAAGGAUGAGGUGCUGUUCCAGGGGGUGAGCGGAGGGGGGACGGGGGUUAGUCACCAGUGAGGUUUAAUGCUGUAGGGUGGGAACCUAUCAUUAACUGCCUGAGAUAUAGCUUUAGUAUUUGGUAGGCAUUCUUCCUAGUCCAGUGCUUCAGGCAAUGUCUGCAGAGGUCAUGGGACUCCAUGGCUGCACUAUAAACCCAUGCUGAGUACGACUCCUGCCUCCCACAGCCAACUGCUUACCUUUGUUGUCUUGUUGACCACAGCUGCUAAAAUCAACCUCACCCCUACCUGCCCAGUAUACACCCGGACAGCAAGCCCUGCCCACUGCCUCGCCCCACUCUGCUUAAGACGACAUCUGCCAUCAGGGUCACUCAUUACUUAGGAGCGCUAUACAUUUUGCAAAGGUUAAGGAAACGGUUAAUCCCAGAAGCUCUGUCUCGCAGAGCAGCCCUCAUUGACAAACUGGAAAUUGGAUCCUAGCUGCUUCACAGAACUUUAAUAGGUUUUCAAAUUAACACCAGGCAUAUUAUUGGAAACCUCACACUGGAAAGCCACUCUUCGCUCAUCCUCCACCCAUUGUGAAGCUGUUUCCAGUCUCCAGUGCAGGGCACAUUCUAAGGGUGAGCUGCCACAACCCCCCCCCCCCUUCCCCCACCUCCCACCUCGGAGAUUAACGCCAGACAGGACCGUCCAGAAACCAACACUCAGCUACAAGCCACAAAUACAUAUCAAAAACUAUUACUGCACAGUCGUCCCUGUCACCUCCGCAAGCCAUGGAGCUCUAUAUAAUGCAGACAAUGCCUUUUUAAUGGGAAAAAAAAAAAACAUGGAAAAAAAAUAUAUAAUAUAUACAUAUAUAUUUAUUCUUUUAAAUGCGGUAUUCUUAUUUUGGAAGAAACAGCUCAGCCUAUGAUUUCACUUACUGAAAGAAGCCAUUUUGUCUGGUUACGUAAGAAGAAGUGGGGCAGGGAUGUGUGUCGCUGCCGUCCCCAGAACUGGUGGGGGUUCACGUGGAAUGGGAUUUAUAUAUAUAUAGAUAUAGAUAUAUAUAUAUAAAUUGCAGUACGAAAGCAAAACAAGAAUCACCCCCUAUUAUAUUUUCAUAAGUGAAAUCAUGAAAAUAGAUAUUAUUUUUUUUCUCUUAUUAGCUUCUGUUUUUUUAGAGGGAUUUUGGAAUUCCUUCUGGAAAAAGAAGCUCGGAAUUAAAGGAUGCUAAUUCUUACUGGCUUUCCAUGUACAUCCGUAACAGCCGGCUUGUCGCCUUGUGUAAACGCUGCUGGAGGGCGUUCGUGCUCAUAGCCAAAUCCAUAAAAGGCUGGCCUCAUUUCUGCUGCUAUUUUAAUAUAUAAAUGAUGGUGCUUGUGUGACUGGUGAUCUGAGGCUUAUUCCCAAGUCUUGACUCACGGUUAGAUUUAGGGCCUGUUACCAGGGUUGUAAUGUUAAAAGCAAUAUAGUCCCUUAAUAGAGGGAUCAGUUUUUUUUUAAAUUUAUUAUACGUUUUGUUUAGUCUUGUCCGGCUACUAAGACAUGAGGGGUGAAGUCUCAGAUAAACUUCUCUGUGAUCUGCCACACCCACUUCCACACUGGCCCUGCCCCUUUUUGUACAUAGCCACACUAUUAUUAUUGACUGCCCAUUUUCAUUAAUUCCGCCCAUGAUUAGAAUGCAAAUCUGUUUGCGUACUCCAGUUAUAAAUCUUUUUUUUUUUUUUUUUAUAUUGCAUUGUUCUGUCCCUGUUUAAAGAACUAUCACAUUUAAAUAUACAACCAAGCAGGAGUUGUUUGUAACUCCCUGUAGUAAAAAUGUCUGAAAUAAAGCAUACAUUUAUUUAUUUUCUUUUUUUCCCCUGAUUUUACUGUUUUAAUAAAUGUCAUUUUUCAAAGGGUUUUAGCAAAGCUUAGACAUUUACUGAUGUCAAAAAUAAAUAAAUUAAAAAAACCAGUUCAGAAUUUAUAUUUCUCACAACUGACGUUAAAAUAGCAGCAAAAAUAAUGCAGCAAAAAUAAUAUUAAGGAGACCUUUUAAAGUUCCAAACUUCUGUUUGGCACAGCCGGUUGUUAUGCAUAAAAUGGACAUUUGAAUAAUCCAGUGGGCCCUUGGUAACUUUUUAUUAGGUUCUUAGAGAACCGUUUGUUUUUAGAUUUUUUUUUUCACAUGUAAAUGAUAACUCAUUCAUUUUCAAGACAAGGAAAAAAAUGACAAUCUUAAAAUAUAUAUAUAUAUAUACUACCCACACCCUGUUUUUAUCUGUAUAAAUAAUUGUUUCUGAUUUUUAAUAUUA